AUGUUACCUACGACUCGCCGCUGACUAUGGAUUUCCCCUGAAAGGAAAAAAAAGAAAUGAUAUCUUUAUCUCAAAGAAAAGAUCUGCUUUCGACAUUUAUUCGUCCAGUUGCUUCAUUCAAUGAAAGCGAUGUCACAUGUAGAGCGGAAAAGAAUAAUUUCGAUAUUUGUAGAGUUUUGAAACUACUUACCGAUCCUCAUACAGAUUUUAUGUAUGAAAGGCACAAAAUAGCGUUGAGGAAUUUGAGAACUGCAAAUUCGCUUGGUGUUAAUAUACAUGAUCUUGUACAUUAUCAAAAUAUUUUAAAAGUAUGCGCUGAACGUGUUCUACAUUUACCGGAUGUUUAUCAUCAAAUAUUUCUUGAAUUAAUUCAAUUAUGCGGCAAAUCAUUUUUGAAAAUUUUUAGUUCAGAUGAAAUGAAUUAUUUCAAUGUAGCAGUAGAUUUUAUAAAUCAUUUUGGAUAUCUUUUACAAUUGAAAAAUGUUGAGAUCUGUACAAGUGUUUGUUGUUCAUUGGAACAGUUCUAUUUUAAAGGAAGUCAAUUAAAGGAUAUACCUGAAGAGCGUCAAGUACAACCAACAACAAAAAAGUUCAAUCAGAAAGUUGUUUGUCAUAGUGAUAUCAUUGAAUCUUUAUUAAAAUGUUACUGUGAAAUAGAUCAAUCUGAUGCUCUUUGUUUAACUAUACUGAUAAUAAUGGAUAAACUAACUAAACAUUCCGAAAUUUGUUCAAAUAAAAUUAUAUUAAAAUUAGGCGCUCAAUUCAUUUGUAAUCGAUUAGUAUUACCAAUUAUAUCAAAUGAAUUCUUAUCAAGAUCAAUCUCUAUACUUUGGAAUUUAAUUGAGAAUACAACAAGCGAUACAAUGAAAAUAGAAUGGAUGAAACAAAUUGGAAGUGAAGAAUGUUUAUUGAAACUUCGUGAUAUGUUUUUUACAUUAUUGGCUCAAAGUCAUUCAAAACUAUGCUGUCAUUUACGUAAUGAUAUAUUAACAAUAAUAUUGUUGGUUGUAAAACAUGCUAAUACUUAUGAUUUAUUAAAACAAAUACGUUUAAUAGAAUCUGGUUUAAUACGUAGAUUAGUACAAUUAUUAACAUUUGAUGAAUUUAAAUGUAUGAAUCCAUUGUAUAAAAAUUUGAAAUUAUUACCAAAUGAUGAAAAUUUCGAUAUGAAACGAUUAAUUCUUUCAAUACUGAUUGAAAUAUGUCAUGAUCCAGCGGCAAUUUAUACUAUGUCUACAUCGGGUCUAAUUAAAGGUUUAUUUCAAUGGAUAUGUCCAGUGAUACCUGCAAACCCACAACAACAACAACAACAACAACAACAUGAACAAAUGAAAUCUGACCUAAACGCCGAUUCAACACAAUCAUCCAAUGUAAAUCAAUCAAAUAACUUAAAAUCAUCAUAUUUACCAUUGAAAAAUUGUAAUUCCUAUUCAUCAGAUAUAAAAGAUCACAUUAUUAAUGAUGAUAACUACAAUAGUCUUAAUCAAACAUUACCAGUAGAGAAGAUAUCUGAAAAUUCAGAUCAAGAUAUUCAACGAUCAGAUCUAUACAAUGAUGAAGAGAAUAUGAAUAGAAAUGAUAAUUCUCAAUGUAAACAAGAAAUUGAUUUAAUACGUAAAUGGCCACAAGCAUAUUUAGAAGAAUUACAUUUGUAUAUGCUUGAUUCAUUGGCUAUUUUAGCUCCAUAUUUAUUGGAUGAUUGUUUAAAUUAUGGAAUUCCAUCAAGAUUAUUGAUUUUAUUACAAUGGUGUAUAAGUCCAGAACCAUUUCUUGGACAAGGCAAUAGUUUCCAUGGUGUUGGUGGUCGUAAUAGUAAACGAGCACAAUUACGUUAUUCAUUACGUUUAAUAAGAAGUCUUGUUGAAACGAAUGAUGAACGUAUUAUUACGGAUUUUGUCUGUCAAGGUUUAAUUCAAUUCCUUAUACCAUUAAUUUGUCCAAUAUCAUCAAGAGUGAAAUUAGAACGAUCACAUGAUGAAUUAUUCAAAUUUGGCAAUCUAUUGUUCACUGAAAAACAUUCUGUCAAAGAAAAUAAUUCACAAACCAUCUAUUCAGAUUAUCAACAAUAUUUAAAACAAACAAAAGAGAUUAUGGAAGAGGAUAAUGUAGGAUUAGAAAUGCAAUGUGAUAUAUUACUUAUAUUGUCAAAACUAUGCGGUACAGUACCUGAAAGAAAACAACUGAUUGGUAUAGAUGGUAUUCAUUCAAUUAUUAAAUUAUUAAAACAAUUAAUAAAACGUUUUACAUUCAUUAAAUCUAAUCAAUAUCGUUUAUUAAUUCAAUUAAAUGAAAAAUCAUUAACAAAUCAUCAAUUCAUUAUAUUACAUAAUAAACCAUUAAUUCAAUUAACUAAUGCAUUAAUUGAAUCAAUAUGGUGUUGUAUAAUUGGUUCAAAUCUAUGUGAAGAUUAUUUUCUAAUGAAUAAUGGUGCUAUAUAUUUACUUAAUUUAUUAGAGUGGUAUCCACUUGAAUCAAUCAAUUAUCUCUUAGGUUGUUUGGUAGAUUUAACAGAGAAUCCUAAAUGUUUACCAUAUCUAUCCUGUUGGUCUGGAAUUCGUUCAUUGAAUGAUAAUGAUGAUUAUGAUGAAGAGAAUAAUUUUAUAUUGAAUAAUAGAAAUUCAAUUAAACAACAAUUAAAUCAUUUAGAAUUAACAACUUCCCUAUUGAUGAAAUCACCUGAUCCUGUUGUUUCAACUAGAUUGCAUAAAAUUAUUUUAAAUACGAACAAACAUACUACUGAUCAUCAUCAUCAUCAUAGCAAUAAUAUUCAUAGUAAUCAGGUACAUUUAAACAUGGCAAAUGAAAAAGGAGUCGAUUCAAAUGAGAUUGUCAAUCAAGAUUCCAUAAAUCCUUGUGAAAUAGAAGAAGUUAAUAAUAAUGAUGAUAAUGAUGAUGAUGACAAAGAAGAAUCGAUCAAUAUUUGGUUGAAUGGACCUAGUUUAGCACAAUUACUCUGUUAUAUUUGGAGAUGGGAAGAGAAAAGAUUGAUAAAACAAAAACAAUUUGGUACAGAUAAUGUAAACGAUCUUUCUGAGACAUCAGCGACUAAACAAAACACCAGCCUUCAAAUGAAUAUAUACGCUUUGUUUUUACGACUUGGUUUUAAUAAUCAAGAGAAUCUUACAUUUAAAGAUCAGAUUACAUUGAAAAAAAUAGAAUCAUAUUUUGAUUUGAAGAUGGCUGAAACUUGGACAAAUAUACAAACUGAUUUAGAUAAUAAACAAAUUCGACCAAUUACACCAGAUAUAGAAUUAUUAUCAUGUAUAUCUGAAUGGUGUAAAAAACAAAUCAAUAAUGUACAAUCUAAACAACAAGAAAUAUUAGAUGCUACAAAAACUUAUGAAUCAACUGAAGAACAAAAAUAUUAUUCAUCGAUAAAAAAAAUCAUACGUAAUCAAGAAUAUGCCAUGGAAAAUUAUAAUGACUACAUAGCAAGAACAUCAAAUCAUCAAUAUCUUAAAGAAGCUCGUAUUAAACAAUUAUCUGCGAUUAAUGCAUCACGUAUUGGACGAUUGAAUGAUUUCAGUAAAUCUUCCGACAUUAAUGUAGAUAUUCAAAAAAAUAAAUCAGAAUCAAAUCAGAUCACAAGUCAAUUAAGUAAAUGUUCAAAUCAUGAUAAAGGAUCCAGUAUAUAUCAUAAGACAGAUAUUGAUAAGUUGAAUGUGACAGCUUUCUGUUCACAAACUAUUAAUAUUGAUUCAACACCAAAACAACUAUUUCAACAUCCAAGUAAAUUAGUAGAUGAAUUAAUUAAAUUAGUAGAAAGUAAUGAACAAUUACUAUUCAAUGAUAGUGAUAUUAGUGAUCAUGAAAUGAAAGAUUGA